AUGUCGGCAAAUCCAGGUUAUUCAACAGGUAAAGAACAGCCGUACCCAACACAGCAACCGAUGACACAGUAUCCACCAUCGCAGUUCGGCGGCUAUCCUCCUCCGUCGAAUCAAAACGCUUAUCCACCGCCUGUUGAAACGGUACCAGCGUUAAAUCCUGCCUUCCCUCCACCGCCGGCGUACGAUGCUGCCGUGGGGAAGCCUGCAGGAGCGGUGCCUAGUCCAUACGGUCCAAAUUAUCCUUACGGACCGCAGUAUCAAUCGCAACCUACGCCUCCUAGCUACACCACAAGUUCUGAUGUCGAAUACCAAGGAGCAGCGUUCCAUGAUCGGAUCAUUAGCUUCGACGACAAAACUAUCAGGCUUGGUAGGUUGUUUUCAUGCAGGUUGUCUUGAUCUAUCGGAUUUACAAGUUAUUGAAUUUUUUAGAUCUUAUGGUUUCUUUUUCUGACUAUUUCGUUAUCAUACGGUCGUGUUUUUAAUGGGUUUGCAUGCAAAAUAAGCUUUUUAUGUAGUCCUCCUGUCAAGGAUAAAGUCUAUGAAACUUAAAUAUGUAUGUUAAGGCGUGAGAUAAAAUAAAAAUGAACUUGAAUUCGGUAAUGCAGUAAGCCGACCUUUUAUAACGUUAGAAAUCAGCUGAAUAUUACCAUAUUUUCCAGCCGGAUAUUUUUCCUUUGUUUUUCUUGGUCAUUAUAAUAAUUUGUUAUUAUUGGAUGACAGUUAUUGAUAAUAUCAAGAAUUAUGCAGAUCAACUAGAGGGGGAGUUCCCCUGAGAUCAGCACCCUCCUCGAUCUGUGUUAUUCUUCAUAUCAUUAAACAAAACCCAUAUUUGUUUUACUAUUCAUUCAUAUUAUUUCCAACCUUAACAAAAAAUGCCAACCUUGGUCUAUGUGAAGUUUCCGUCUUUAUAACAUUUUCUCAUUCUUCAACAGUUUCUGGUUAUAACAGGAAGUUUGUUCUAGCAUAUAUUCUUCAAAGAGCAGCUGUCAUCUGAAAAAUCUUCUGCCAUUUGCUCCAGCUCUAUCAAAGUAGCUGAGCUACUGUGCCUUUUAGUUCUGCUGUCCCUUUAUCUGUUUAUAGAGUGAUUUUACUAAAUCCGUGAAACAAAAUGUAACAAUAAGCACUACAUAGUAAAGAGUAAACAAAAGAAAGCAGUGAAAUUAGAGUGUAAUAUUGGUUAUUAGUCUACUAUCUACUACACAGGUUAAGUAAAAUCACUCUCUACAUAUUGUCCAACAUUUGAACAACCAUGACCAUGAGUUAAUGAGUUAGUAUCUCCCUGUAAAAUGCGUGUUUUGCCAGGAUUGAUAUAUUUAGUUGUUUGUGAAGAAAUAAGUCUGGUGUGACAGUUUUCUGAGUUUCAUUGUAACUGAUCUAAUUAUGACUAUUAUUCUUUUCUUUUGCCUUUCUUCAUUCACCCUGGUCACAGGAUUUAUAAGGCGGGUAAGAAUGUUUCUGAAUUGUUUGGUAUUAUAACCAUCCUUCUAUUGAUUCAGUAAAAUAACANUACACAGGUUAAGUAAAAUCACUCUCUACAUAUUGUCCAACAUUUGAACAACCAUGACCAUGAGUUAAUGAGUUAGUAUCUCCCUGUAAAAUGCGUGUUUUGCCAGGAUUGAUAUAUUUAGUUGUUUGUGAAGAAAUAAGUCUGGUGUGACAGUUUUCUGAGUUUCAUUGUAACUGAUCUAAUUAUGACUAUUAUUCUUUUUUUUGUCUUUCUUCAUUCACCCUGGUCACAGGAUUUAUAAGGCGGGUAAGAAUGUUUCUGAAUUGUUUGGUAUUAUAACCAUCCUUCUAUUGAUUCAGUAAAAUAACAGACCUUCGCUUAACAUUUAGUGCCUUUAAAGGGGCAAUGUCACAGCAAUGCCAACUACACGUCCUUGUUCACUAUGGAACUGGAGAAAUCACUUGUGAAUGACAAAACCACAUCUUUAUGUCAAAGGAAUAUUAAAUAUUUUAUUUUUCAUUUUCUCCCAAGCAUCAUAUCAAACCUUAACAAAUGUUACAACCAUUGAAGUGAGCUUUAAAAACUACUAAAACCUGCUAACAAGUUUUCAAAAACCAAAAUUGCAAUCGGUUUCAAUCUUCAUCAAGGUUAUCCAUUUGUGCCUCCUUUUGUGUUUCCUGUGUUAUUUUAACCUUCUUCUAAUGUUUUGAGAGGUUAUUUUUAUGUUUCACUCAAUUUGAAGGCAGUUUCCCUGUUUGAAUUUUGAUACAUUUCGUGACACAGCACCUGUGUUUAUUGAGGACACCAACGGUGAUCUAAGAUCCUUCACUGCAUGCCUAACACUUUCAAUACCUUUUGUGGGAGAAAACCAAAAAUGCAAGGGUGAAAGAAAUAAUUAAUAGGCCAUUUCCAAGUUCCAAAAACUCUCACUUUCAAAACGAGGCUAAGUGCAAACCAUUCUUGUCAAAAUGAGUUUUAUUUGCAUGAGAGUAAGAAAAAUUAAUGACUUUCUUAUCGGUGGCUUUGCUAUUAGCCUCUCUUUCAAGCAGAGGCUUAGCCAGGCAACUGAGAAAUGCCCUACGAACUUUGGUUGACUCCCAUGUGAAGGACCAUUUCCUAUUCUUAUGGACUUAAGUUUUUAUACCUUACAAAGUUAAAAGGAAAACGGUAAAUGACAAGGUAAAUAUGUGUUGGUUGGGAGAUUUUGUAGUUUGCUACAUUCAGGAAAAAGUUAGUGAAAAGAUAACUAUUUUCAAGGUCAGGAAAAGUGUGAAAUGUUAGUGAAGUGCUAAAAAAAGGUCAUCCUCAUGGGUUGUUGUGCAUAUAAAAUAAAUAAUUGAUUCGAGUGUAUUUUAGUAUUUUUCUUCUUCUUUAUGUGAAUAUAUAGGUGUUUGCUAUCCUCAUGUUGCAACUUUUGACCACUGUUGGAGCCAUCUGCCUCUUUGUAUUUCAGUAAGAAUUGCACAUAAUCAUGUAUUUUUGUAUAUGAGUUUGUGUUAGUCCUUGUGCAGUUAAGACCAGUUACACUGGGCCAUUUUUCUUGGAACUUGUGUCACAGUGUUAUCUUGCUCUAAUAAGACACAAGUUGCAAGUAAAUUUUGCAUUGUGUCCUCUGAAUUAAAAUAAUGUGUCUGCACAAAAAAAGAAAAACAGUUGAUAAAGAUAGUUUCUUGGUGUUGCAGAUGAAUACAAUCACCAAAAUAACGUCACAAAAGAUUGAAAAGAAGCUGAACAUGUGUGGAGGUGCCCACACCACAACACAGUAGCUAAUCUACAAUAGUUUCCAAUGUCAAGAGACACCCUAAAUUAAGUUCUGUACUUCUGACGAUGAUGGCAGCAGUGCUGCAACAGAUUUUUUUAGGCAAUCCCUGCAAUGCAAGAAUGUGGCAGAAAGCAUUACACAUCACAUGCCACUUGCACAACAAGUUCCAAAAAACUGGCUAUUUAUACGUGUAGAUGUGAGCAAUGGUUGCAUGAUAAAGAAGCUCUCUCGGAAUAUUGGAGCAUCAGUUAUAAAAAGAAGCAGGCCUACAAUCAUGGACAAAAGUCUUGAGACACUCUUGCAUUUCUUAGGCGUUUUCCAAUUCACACGUGCCCAACCCCUCACCUCACCCCACAAGAAAUGUUGGACAUGUGUAGUCAGAAUUCUUUCUGAGUGUCAAAUUUGCUGUAUAGGGUGAGGGAAUGGAGAACUGCAAGAAAAUUUUGAAAAAGAUGCAUUGUUUUAUAAGGGAACCCAUAAAUUACAGAAAAUUAUGAAUAAUGCUUUACUUUCCCAAUGCAAGGACUUUAGUCCAUGAUUGUAGAACCUUUUAGAAUGUUGAAAUGUUAAAUUUGUUAAAGCACUCAGUUUGAUCAAAAUUGUGUUCGCCAGAUAAUUUGUUGCUUACCUGAGGUAUUUAUUCGUUGUGAAUAAUAUCUUAUUAGACUAUUACACCGUGAACAAAUAUGAUUUUUCUCUAACAUAUUUUAGAGUUUAACUCCUUUUCCACAUUUUCUUUACUGUUAUGCAGUGAAGGAGUCAAAGAUUAUGUCCAGAAUAACUGGGGAAUGUAUAUUUCAGCCUAGUAAGUCUAACAAUCGAUUUGUCUGUUUUUGUCCUGUGCGUAUGCAUUUCCAUUUUAGCUCUGGCCCCAUUGACACAAUGUUGACGAGAAAAAUGUUCUUGAUAUGAUGCUUUUUAUAAUGAUGGUGAUUAUCAUGUUGGUGUUGUUGNUCCCAAUGCAAGGACUUUAGUCCAUGAUUGUAGAACCUUUUAGAAUGUUGAAAUGUUAAAUUUGUUAAAGCACUCAGUUUGAUCAAAAUUGUGUUCGCCAGAUAAUUUGUUGCUUACCUGAGGUAUUUAUUCGUUGUGAAUAAUAUCUUAUUAGACUAUUACACCGUGAACAAAUAUGAUUUUUCUCUAACAUAUUUUAGAGUUUAACUCCUUUUCCACAUUUUCUUUACUGUUAUGCAGUGAAGGAGUCAAAGAUUAUGUCCAGAAUAACUGGGGAAUGUAUAUUUCAGCCUAGUAAGUCUAACAAUCGAUUUGUCUGUUUUUGUCCUGUGCGUAUGCAUUUCCAUUUUAGCUCUGGCCCCAUUGACACAAUGUUGACGAGAAAAAUGUUCUUGAUAUGAUGCUUUUUAUAAUGAUGGUGAUUAUCAUGUUGGUGUUGUUGUAGCCGAUGCCACGGACAAAACUUAAACUCCGCAUAAGUCUGUCUGCGAAACAGUGACACAAUCCUACUUCUGGGCCCCCCAGCUGUGUACCAAGAUUGUAGUACUUGCCAUGUGAUAUGAUUGGCCUGUUGAAAAAGCCAUGUCUCAAUUGUCGAUUUGCCAAGAUGAAUGGAAAUUCAAAACAUACUUCCGGUAAUUCAUUGAGUCAGUUGGGGGGAGAGAACAAGGAUAUUGGCGCUACAUGUACUUCGCAGAUGUUACUAGGCAAAGUUUAUUUAUGUCUGCAAGGCAGGCUAGUGUUGGUGCAGCGUGCAGAGAAAGUAGUCUCUGAUAGCCCAGGGCUUGUGGAUUUUGGGAUUGGGCCAGUGAAGUUUUUUUUGGGGGGGGGGUUUCAAAUUACAGAAGUACUGUAAGAAAAUUGGUGAAAUUCCUUAUAAAUCAUGUGAAUCAAACAUGCAACAUUGUUGCAUUCUGUGCGGUGAGUUGAGUUGGGGUAAAGAGAAGCAGAUCAGUCAGUUCCCUGCCCCCAUCAUGUCUUUAGCUGUUCAUAGGUAUGGCUGCAAAAGUUUUUUUGAAAAAAAAAAUCAAGAAUUCGCAAUGACAUUAUGUUCUCACCAUUUAAAAUGUGUUCAUUUUUCAGUGUUGUUUUCUUUGUGCUGUAUAUUGUGCUCCUCUGUGUUGAAAGUGUAAGGUAAGAUUAAUAUUAUUUUAUUAUCUAAACUUGCUUGCUGCAUGUGUUGAAUUCUUUGUGGUUUACAUUACUAGUCUUGUGGAUGAGGUUGACUGCAAAGGUUUGACAUUAAUUGUUGCCUAAGUUACCAUAGCAACUGAAAGUACAGCCAGUUGAAAACACCCUUGAUUUUUAAUAGUUAGCUUUAAGUGCCUAUAAUUCAAAAUGAGUUUUGUUUAGUGAGCCCCAUUUUGCUAUUACAUAACAAGGAUAGUGAUGAUGAUAAUAAUACCAUCAACUUACGUGAUACAACUCACUUUGACUCUGAAGAUGACUACCGCACAGGUUGUCAAAACGUCAGUCACUGCAGUCAACAAAAACAGUCCUAUUCAGGACUAUCUUUACCCGGACGAUCAAACUCAACCUACUUUUGAAAUAAUAAUAACAAUAAUAAUAGUAUUAAGAACCUUCGUCAAACCUUCGCCAACAAUAUUUUUUUUGUGUUUGCAUGUCUGAAUAAAUCCAAUUUUGAUAUAUGAUUUGGCUUUGAGGCAAAGAGAUGAAUUUUUCUUUGUUUUCCCCCAAGUGACAAAGCUAAGAAAGAUUUUUAACAUACUGAAAUUGGUUUAUUUACCUUAAGCUACAUGUAGAAUGGUCAUUUACAGACAUGGUACAUGCAUGCAUCUUCAUGCCUGACUUUUCAGCUAUUGUGACUCUGAAGCAGGCUACAGAUGGUGAAAGUUUCUGGAUGUCUCGGGCAGCCAGCCACCACAAAUCAUUGUAAACAUGCUAUAGGAUACACGUACUCCCUAAACUUAUCAUUACAUCUACGAAAAUAUUUUAUCUUACAAUAUUUAUUUAUUGUUAAAUUCUUUUUUUCAGGAGGAGCUAUCCUGCCAAUGUUAUCAUGCUUACUUUAUUUGUAAGUAUGAAAACUGAUAACUACUAACACUUAGAACCUGCAGCACAUUACCUUGUGUACACCCAAGGGGAGGUACUUUAGAAAAUAAUGUUUGUGUAGGGAUGUGCUGCUGGGACCCCAGAAUCCUUAGCCUUUACCAGACUUAAUUUGGCUGAAUUUUGUUACCCUAGACUAGACUAAACUCCUUAAAGUUUGCCUGAAUUUCGCUACUUUAGACUACACUAAACUCCCCAAAACUCUCCCUAUCCUAACAAUUUUCCAGAAAUUACUGAGUUAGACACUUUCUUAUUAAUUUUAGAUUUGCCAAUUUUAUUUGGUUUUCCCAGUCUAGACUCAAAUCUUCAACAAAUUGAUCAGUUUCCUGAAAAAUUAAAUGAUUCCCUCUUCCUGACUCCUACAUGUAUUCCUGCCAUGCUUUUUAUCAUUAUAAAACAGAGGACUUACUAUAAAACUAUCUAGGGUAUAGUAGAGCACGUUGUUAUUGUUGCAAAACAUCACAGGAUUCUGUUAGUGCAUAUCAUAGUGAAUUAAUGAUUCCAUGCUCUUUAGUUAACUGGCAUUUUUUUAUUUUUAACUAGACUAUUUCUUUGUCGUACCUUGUGGGAGUGAUUUCAAGGUAGGUGUUAGACAUUUUGAGAUGCCCAUAAAGAUUUGCUCAUUCCCAUGUCUUUGCCUGUUUUCCUUGUUUCGCGUGGAGGGUUCUAUCUAGGGUAUUUGAGGGGUAGAACAGAUUCCCCCAAAAUGCCCAGCUUCCUCCCCAAAUAUAUUGUUAUCAUUAUAGUAUAUAAGUAACUAUAUUGGAAAAAUCAUCCAGAUGUGACAAGGUCAGUGCACAUGAAGUAAGUAUUCCCUGUCUAAGGACACUAUAUGACAAGGAACUAAAAAAAUAAAAUAAAAUACCACCGUAACAUUUCUCAAAAUUGUGUCUCCAAAUGCACUAGAUUGCAUCACAGGGCAUAUUCAUUUAAAAAAUUUCCCGGGGGACAUGCCCCCCCCAGAUGCCGCUAGGAAGUUUGUGGCCUUCGGCCACUUGGUACUUCUCCCCCAAACAAUAAAUCCUAGAUAGAACCCUGGCAUGGUUGACUUUAAGGUGGUCAGGAGUUGUUCCAUGGAAGAAUCUUUGAGUUUUUCCUCUCUCACUCAUCAUGAUGGGUUCUUUUUUCGAAUGUCAGGGAAAUGUUUAGCCUGAGAAAACAGCCGGCAUUUUACGAUGCUGUCACUGGUUUCCCCGCCAAGUGACAUCUAAGAAACAAGUGCAGAAAUUCCAUACUGAUGACGCAUCAGUACCCAGAUCUGGGUAGUGCUUCUGAUUGGUUGUGCCGCAUGGGAAAUUUGAUUCAACCAAUCGGAAAUACUAUCCAGAUCUGGGUCAUGAUGUGUCAUCAGUAUGGAAUUUCUGUGCUUGUUUCUCAGACGUCAUUUGGCAGGGAGGCCAGUGGCAGCGUCACCAAAUGGCGGCUGUUUUCUCAGGCUAGGAAAUGUUAAAUUUUAUGGGUCACCAAAAAGUUUAGGUAUCAUAAAGUACUGCCAAUAAUAGAUUGGUUUUGUUUGAAUAGUCAUACAGUAGGAUUUUGUCCAGAGGCUUAAAAUGAAGAAACAGCUACCUCUUUACUCGUUCCUACCAGACAUACAUGUAACACUGUCACUCAAGGUAUAACUUUUGUACCACAAACAUUAACAAUAUCCUUCUUCUUCUUCUGUUUCAGCUUUCAUUCGACAAACAUAGUCUUGAUCAUGAUGGGUGUUACCACAGUAAGUACCAGGGGGUGCAACAGUUGUAUUAUGCCUAACACCAGACCUUAUUUAUUACUAAGACUGCUAACGUCUAGUGUUAGAGGCUUUGUUAGGGUAAAAUUCGUACAAGCAAUGUGACUUUGACACAGCAGUUGAAAAUAUGACAGUGAGACCAAGUGUAGUAAACUAAAGACAGGGGUAUGGCUUCCUAUCCAAUGAUAUGGGUAACAAUGGGUUUUAAAAUUCAGACUAGGGACUUAUGUACCCCUUUUCUUUCUAUUAUGAAAAAUAACUCUUGAAGAAAAUCAAAGCUAAAGUGUUCAAAAAUUGAUGGUAAUAAUUACUAUAAUUAUUAUUAAGACUCUAUAUCCGAAACCACCAUCACAGAAGUGAUUCCCUUUGUUUUCUCUUCAUCAAUUAUAGUAAUGUGGUUGAGAAGUUUAGUUCAAGUUUGUGUUCAGACUAUUCACUAUCUCUGUUGCAAUUUUUUUUCAGCUUGUGUGUGCAUCUGUGAUGAUCUUUGCCUGUCAGACCAAGGUAAAUUUUAUUUCUUCCAUCCAAAACUUUGUAAACUCAAAAAUCUAGUGUAAUGCUGAUAUGACCUCUAGCAAGAAUAUUCACUUUUUGAAAAAAAUUAAUAACCAGUUUUGAAAAAAAAAUUCCAGACUUCUUUUAGGUCUGGAAAACUAUUUUGCAAAUUUAAAGAAUUUUUCAAGAGUUCAAGACCUUAUACCAACCCUGGCUGAUUAUGUGAUGUUAAUUUGUUUCAUUCACAUCUGAAAAUCUUACCUCAGGAGUGACUGAAGGUAGGAUAUUUUUUGUUUACCAUUUAUGUGGGAAAACCAGAGUCCCAUUUACUAUUUGAAAAAUCAGUUCCUGUUUCCUAAAAAUGGCUGCAAAGGCAUGAAACUGGUAACACAGAUGGCUAGAAGAAAACUGGAGCACAAAUUUCCAUUUGAAACAUUCCAUCUGGAAAAACAGGACUUACCUUCUCAGAUGUUCUAGUGUUCCUGGAAAUUUUCCACUAAAACAAACAAAAUGUUGUAUUCCAUUGGGUUCCAAGUGAAUACUCUGGAAGUUUUGUAAAUGGUAAACAACCAUUGCCUCUGUUUACUUUUAAGCUGCAUUACCUCUAAUCUCACUGUCUCUUAUCUAAAUGUCAACUUUACAGUAUGAUUUUACGACAUGGGGAGGAGUGUUGUUCUGCGCAGCUCUGGCAAUCUUUUUCCUCAGCAUCUUCACACCAAUGUGGUUGGCUCUCAACACAACGGUAGGUCAUCAUUUCUUUUCAGUUUACUCUACAAACAAGUAUAAACUUUUAGGUCCCAAGAGUGACCAACAUCAAUUUUCUCCUAACAACAUAGGCAGAUCAUCAAGAGUAAAGGUUAUGAGAAUUAAUAAACUGAUUACCAAAGGGUGAACACUUUGAUCUUAAAUCAGAUUCUCUCAACUAUUCUUAGAAGAAGUGUAUGGAGAUCAGUUUGGAGAAUUUGUUUGUGGAUCUUGGGACUUAAAGGGAUAAAGGACAGUAAUCUGGGUGUGGCUCAGGCUUUGUUUGAGCUUUCAUGGGGCCUUAUAACUGCAGCCAGUGCAUGUGUGGUUUCUCAAAGAUACGAAGUUGAAAAUUGUUACCUAUAGAUUAGCUUUUGUUUAGAAAAUAGAAGUAAUAAUCAAUGCUUAUACUGCACUGUGUAACAACAGUUCCUGAAAACUUACUCUACAUUUUUAUCAUAACAGGCUGGAAAGAUUAUCAUUGGAGGUUUACUUGCCUUGGUUUUUGUUGCAGUAAGUAAAAACUGUGAAGUUCACUUUUCGUUCAUGUUUCUUUUUUUGUCUUUGACUUGGACACUUGUAAUGCAUUAUUAUAUUUCAUUACCUUUGACAUUAAAUUUUUUGUGUUGAAAUGCAUUUUUUUUUUUUUACAGUUUGGGGGCAAAUCUCAUUACAUCUUGUGUCGUAAAUUAUUUUCUAUUUAUGGGUAAUGAGAAGGUGCAUGAAUCUGUCAUAUCGGCAAAAGAAAGUACUAAAAAAGUUAAAAUUGACAGGUUAAUGCAUUUAAAAAAGUUUUGUAUUCCCACCCUCUGGCACUUCCUUUUUGAAAACUGUCAAUUUCUUCAGUCUUUUCAUGACACCAUUUUGCAAAGGAAGGACUUCUAUCACAAGCCUUAACUUAAAGGAAAAAAAUAAAAAGUCAAACUCUUUCUAUACCUUCCUCUCAUCCAAAAUUUAAACUUUUGCUUUAUUUUGGCACCAGGAAGGGAAGUACAUAUGUAAGCUAGUUUUCAAAUAAAUAUUGAAAGUUUCAAAUUUUGAUUAGUUUUCAUUGGUUCUUUUUACCUAAAUGGUAAACACAAAAAAUAGUUUUAAAAGCUUUAAAUGUUCUUUGGCAAAACGUCCAUAGACAAAUGGCUUAGGAAAGCAUUCAGAGACUAGAUCAUGACUGCUUUGUUUGUCCCUAUCACUUUUAUAGUUCCUGGCUUAUGAUGUCCAGCUUGUCAUGGGAGGACGAAAGUAUGAGCUGAGUCCAGAGGAGUACAUCUUUGCCUCUCUUAUACUCUACAUGGAUAUCAUUAAAAUCUUCCUUUUACUUCUUGCCAUUUUUGGCCGUGGUAGCAACUGA